GUGUGACACAUAUGACGAUAAGUGCAGUAAUUGAGUGAAUGUUUGGAUGAUUGUGUUGAUUGUGUUGAGUAGUGGACAAUGAGAUGAUAGUGAGUGCGACAUCACUGGCAUCACUCACAUCACUGGACAGUCAUGUAUUGGGCGUACGGGUGGCCGCAGACACUGCGAGGGACGGCGGGCACAGAGUGUGUCGUUGGCAACACUGACCGCUCCCUCCUGGGCCUCCUGUCCCGCAACGAGCUCUCCAUUUGGCACUUCCGGCCCUCACUUCGUAUCGUUGGUCACAAGCGGGACGACCAGAGUCUCCAAGAGUUUGGUUCUAAUGUGCAAAUGGUUUGGAGACCCGACUCCACACUCAUUGUCGUCCAAACGGAUCAGGACUUCCUAUUGUUCUACAAUCUGGUCAUCAACUCAAGUGAUGGCCAUCUGUUCGACCAAAAGGAUGUCGAUGUUUCAGGUCUUCGGCGCGAGAGCUCUGAACUGUUUGUCACCGAAAAGAUUCCGUCUUUGCUUCUGAUGCUAUCGUUUUCGACGCAAAUCACAACUGGGAUUAAAUGUUUAAUGGCAGCCGAGGAGGAGAUAGUAAUCGGAACAAAGAAUGGAGAGAUAUGUGGAGUGCAUUGGGACGGAAACAUUGACGACUCUUUCAUCUGGAAACUCACUUCCAAGACAUUCUCGGCCACGGAUGACAUCAAUGUAGUGGACAUU